AUGACUGACCUGCUUGAUCUCUUUCCAGAGAUGGAGCAGAAAGAAAAAGAGCCUUCUGAGGAUGGCACCACUGUCUCCUCCAGCACAGAAGCCCCGGGGACUCAGGGAGAUGGACCCUCCGUCCAACAAGAGGCCAAAGACUCAGCAGGGGGACCCAGCAAAGAGGAUUCUCUGGAUGGGACAGGCUCACAGGAAAGAACCCUAGAAGAGAAGGACCCCAGGGCUGCAUUACAGGCGGAAGGAAAUGGGUUGGAUGCAGGAGAAGCCACAGUGGAGGCUGGACCUCCUGAGGAAAAUGACGCCAAGGAGGAGAGCAUAGCCAUAGAGGCUCCUGGAGACAGCAGAGAAGAGGCCAACCAUGAAGCCCGGCAGGCUGAGGGGAAAGAGGCACCCACGGCCCACAAUGAGAAGGAGCCUGAGAAAAAAGCUGAGGAGGAAGCCGGCAGGAAUGAAGAGGCGAAGGCUGAGCCCGAGUCAACCCCAGAGGAGCCCGAGCCCAAAGCUGGAAUGCAGGAGAAAGCCCAGGCAGCCACUCUGGGAGACACAGCACAGUCAGAGGAGGACUCCAAGAAGCUGAAAUUCUUGUCCAACCUGGAGCAGGUGCCUUCGAGCCCAGGUUCGUUCCAGGAGCCAGAUGGUCCUCACGAAGAGCAUGUCCAGGGUGUGGAGGAGAAAUCAGAAGAAGGGCCAGGAGGGAUUCCUAGCUCCCCUGAGGGCUGGCCUGAGAGCCCCACAGAAGAGGGCUACAGCUUCAGCCCAGAUGGGUUGAGCCCAGACACUGAGGCCUCUGCAGAAACCAGUCCUUCGGCCAGUGAGUCUCCUGCCAGCGAUGUGCCCCAAAGCCCCAAGGAGCCGCCUAAGUCCCAGGAGAAGAAAGAGAAGGCGCCAGAGCGAAGGGUGGCGAGCGCCCCCUCCCGGCCGCGCGGCGCCAGGGCACAGAACCGCAAAGCCAUCCUGGACAAGUUCGGCGGGGCCGCCUCGGGCCCCACGGCCUUGUUCCGCAACCCCAAGGCGGCUGGGGCGGCCGUGGGCAGCGUCAAGACCAUGCUUCUGGAGUGGUGCCGGGCCAUGACCAGAAACUACGAGCACGUGGAUAUCCAGAACUUCUCCUCGAGCUGGAGCAGCGGCAUGGCCUUCUGCGCGCUCAUCCACAAGUUCUUCCCCGACGCCUUCGAUUUUGGGGCGCUGGACCCCGCACAGCGCAGACACAACUUCACCCUGGCCUUCUCCACCGCAGAGAAACUGGCCGACUGUGCCCAGCUGCUAGAAGUGGACGACAUGGUACGACUGGCGGUGCCCGACUCCAAGUGCGUCUACACCUAUAUCCAGGAGCUAUACCGCAGCCUCGUGCAGAAGGGGCUGGUGAAGACCAAGAAGAAAUGA